AUGCCUCAGACUGAACACUGUGAACUAUGCAUGGCCACACCAGCUCAGACUGAACCCAGCAAUCUGGGCAUGGCCAUGUCCUCUCAGAAUAAUCAAAGCAUUCUGUGCGUCAACAUGCCCCCUCAGACUGAACACAGUGAACUGUGCAUGGCCACGCCCCCUCUGAAAGAACAGAUUGAUCGGUGCAUGGCCACGCCCCCUCAGACUGAACACAGUGAACUGUGCAUGGUCACGCCCCCUCAGACGGAAUCCAGCAAUCUGGGCAUGGCCAUGUCCCCUCAGACUGAACACAGUGAACUGUGCAUGGCCACGCCCCCUCUGAAAGAACAGAUUGAUCGUGCAUGGCCACGCCCCCCCCAGACUAAACAUAUGAUCUGUAAAUGA